GACACGGUAGCCGGACCAAAAAACGUGACCGCAGGGGUGGAGAAACAGUUUGUGAUUAAAAGAAAUAAACAUUGACUGAAGUAUACUGUAGACGGGUGGCUUGAGGAUCUAAACUGAGUUCUCAAUACAUGCAGGAUGAGUCACUCUGACGUGCAGACUAUCGCUGUAAUCGGCAGUGGUCUGAUCGGGCGCUCCUGGUCCAUGGUGUUUGUCAGUGGAGGCUACAAUGUGAAUAUCUUCGAUAAUGUUCCAGGACAGGCUGCUAAGGCCAUCACAGAGAUCAGUAAGCAGCUGAAGGAACUGGAGGAAGCCCAGAUGCUCAGAGGAGAACUGACUGCUAACCAACAGCUUGCUCUACUUAGAAGCCACGAUGACCUGGCUCAGGCACUAGAGGGAGCCUUCUUCGUUCAGGAGUGUGUUUUUGAACAGCUUGAAGUCAAACAAAGUGUCUUUCAAGAGAUAGAACUACUUGUAGGAAAGGACGUCAUCCUGAGCAGCUCCACCUCCUACAUUAUGCCCAGCAGCCUCUUCUCUAAAGUCCAGAACAAAAGCCGAUGCCUCGUCUCUCAUCCGGUAAAUCCACCGUACUAUGUCAGACUGGUGGAGUUGGUGCCUCACCCAGAGACUGCAGCAGGUGUGAUGAGCUCCACCCAGGCUGUAAUGACCAAGGUCGGCCAGUCUCCCGUCUGCCUGAAGAAAGAGAUCGAUGGCUUUGCCCUCAACAGGGUCCAGUCGGCCGUCAUAGCAGAGUCAUGGAGGUUGGUCCAGGAUGGUGUUAUCUCAGUGAAGGACAUCGACCUAGUGAUGUCAGAGGGGUUAGGAAUGCGUUACGCCUUCAUUGGUCCCAUGGAAACGAUGCACCUCAAUGCACCUGAAGGUUUGAACGACUACAUCAAUCGAUACAGCGGAGGUAUUUCCCGGGUGGUGAAAUCCUUCGGACCGGUUCCAGACUUUGAUGGAGAACAAGCCCAGGGAAUCGUUAAAGAAAUGUGUGAGCUGAUUCCCAGUGACCAGGAGCAUCUGUUGGCCAGGAAGGACAGGAGGGACCAGCUCCUCAUGGGACUGGCUAAGCUGAAGAAGGAGAAGGACAAAGCCUUCUCAGAAACUAAACAGUCCUCACGUUGAGAGACUGUUAAAAAAAAGACAUCAGUAUAACAUGAUAAUGAAUAAAUGAAGUGCCCCCUUUUCUUAA